AUGGACGAGUACACUCAUCAAAGGAGUGCCUUGAUGGACGAGUACACUCAUCAAAGGAGUGCCUUGAUGGACGAGUACGACUCAUCAAAGGAGUGCCUUGAUGGAGGAGCACAACUCAUCAAGGAGUGCCUUGAUGGACGAGCACACUCAUCAAAGGAGUGCCUUGAUGGACGAGCACGCUCAUCAAAGGAGUGCCUUGAUGGACGAGUACGCUCAUCAAAGGAGUGCCUUGAUGGACGAGUACACUCAUCAAAGGAGUGCCUUGAUGGACGAGUAACAUCAUCAAAUGUAUUUGACAGUGCGAAGUGGGAUGCAGUUAAGUUCCUGCAGUUGUCUGCUACUGAAGAUGCUGCAUCAGUGCUGGGAUGCAGGAGGCGGGUGAGGCUGGGGGCUGCACACUGCGACUGGCAGCCAUCCUGGUCACCACCAUCUAAAUAUCGUCCACUGCAUUGCGCCAGCUACCAUGGUAAGGCAGAAGUGGUUAAGAUGCUCAUCAGGUCUGGAGCAAACACUGAGGCCAUAUCAUCAGAUCGAUGGCGACCUCUGCACAGGGCUGCUCUCUGGGGUCACUUGUCAGUUAUAACUGAGCUUCUCGACGGAGGAGCAGACAUCGAAGCUCCAGGCUCAUGGGGAAACCGCGCUGUCCACUAUGCUGCCUCGGGCCAAAUACCAGUUUUAGAGCUGCUGGAAGAGCGUGGAUGUGACCUCCAUGCUCUGGAACGUCUCGGAGGAAACGCCCUUCACAGUUCUUCUGGUGGAGGUCACCUGAAGACAGUGCAAUGGCUUGUGGAAAAGAACGUGUCUUACCGAGCAACGAAUAAUGAUGGUCGAACACCAGAGGACAUGGCACAGCUCUACGGCCAACAUCACGUCGCCUGGUGGCUCCACAAGCAGUCUCCGAACCCUGGACCAAUGGAACACACGCAAACGGCAGUGAGCCAGAAUGAAUACGAGAGGCUAGGUAAUAUCACCCUGGGUUGGGCCAGGAAGGGAGUCGCAGCUAACAUCACGGCUCACCUUCCCUCGCGGCCAUACCGUAUCCACUACCAAGAUAUUAAAGGUUGGACAGCCCUCCAUCAUGCUGCCUACGCUGGCCAGCAAAACGCUGUAGAGGCGCUGUUGUCUAUAGGCAGCUUUCCUCAUGUGCUGACCCAUUGCUGGAAGACCCCUGCUGACCUCGCUCUCUCCCAGGGCCACACCCAGGUCACCCGGCUGCUGCCAUUACACACUCAUCACCUGACACGAAGGGAGCGAACCCAUCUUUACGGUCGCCUUGUGGAGGAAGUGAGUUGUGCAGAGCUCAAGACUGCUGUCAUGAUUGGUGAGAAAGAGGAAUAUGAGCGUCGCAUUCUCUCCCUCAAAAAAGUGACUCAGCUGUUGAUGUCUGGAGCGCCGUUGGAACCCCCAGGAGGUCACAGCGUCUUCGUGUUGCACUUGGCCAUCACCACUAACUGUACAGAUCUCCUUCCUCUGUUACUGAGUGCCGGGGCACCUCUCACUACUACCACAGGUGGCAUGAACCUUCUGCAACUAGCCUGGCGUUCUCCUGAUGUCACAACACAAAUUGUUGCUAUUGUCACAAGGGCCAUAGUGCACAGAAUUAAGUAUGAACUGACACUGGUUGAUGCGAGGCGUGAGGUUCAAGACAAGCCAAGAGGCGAGGCAGAUGGUGAGGCAGUAGAUGAGGAGUUGAGUACUGGUAUGGAGUAUCUUCUGAAGGAACUGCAGGGGCCGGAGGCUUGGCGAGCAUCCUGGUACAGUAGUGAAAGAGACCAUAUCAACCUUACCAGACUUCUGGUUCGAGCCUCUUACAGAGGUGCCACUCUCACUGCUGCGUUUAUACAGCAAAGAGGUGGGUCAGUGACUUCCUUGACUGCUAGUGGUCACACUGCGCUCCACAUUGCCCUAGACGCUGGUCACAUGCAAACUGUCGAGUGCCUUGUUCGCCACAUGGGUGCCAACCUCUUCCUUUGUGACGGGCUGGGAAGGCUCCCUCUUCUUCUGUGUCCUCAAGACAAGAGAGACCAACUUCUGGAGGAUGCUUUGUGCCAGGCCUAUCGCGUCCUCGAUUUCCGUAUGGGAAAAAUUCGAUCUGGCCUUGAAAAACAAAACUUAGCUUAUGUCAUGGUGCUAAUGGCUGUAUUGUAUAAUGAAGCUGACUUCUUUUCUUCUGAAGCAAACUUGCCCUGUAUGAAACACGGUUUGUUCCGUGAUGUUCACUUAUCCUCUGAGAGAACAACCACUUUGUCCACUGAAGCUGACUUGUCUUCGGUUGAAACAUUUCCUUCAAGAAAAUGGAAAGAAGUAUUUCUCCAAAUGGCAAUCAUGUUGAGACAAAUAGAGGAAAGACAGUUUUUAGACGAUAAUUGGUUGAAGGAUUUGCUGUCUUGCCUGUCGCAAAAGCGUAUUGAAAGAAAUGACACAGUAACAGCGGCAGAGGUGAACGAUGACCUUGACCUUGAUGAGGAACUAUUCUUUUUGCUUAUAGAAGAACUGAAGAAAAAGCAUCACUCGUUGAGCUCUGAAAAUCACAAAAAAGACCCUGAACUUGAAGAUCUUUUAAACUCUACGUUACAUAGAGCUCUUCGACUGUGUUGUGAAUGCGAUUUACUGCUCCUGACUCAUCUUUUAUUUACAGUCGCAGCUGUGCCUGUUGAUGAGAUCAUUGAUCCAGUAAGUGGGUCCACUGCUUUACACAUUGUAGCGUCUCAUGGACGUAUUGGCUUAAUGGACUACUUACUAAGCCGGAAUGCAUCUCCUUCUGUUCUUGACCAUGCAGGUCGCACUCCGGCUCACUUAGCCUACAUGUUCGGUCACAGUGCUGUGGGGGACUGCCUUUGUGAAGGUUUUGAAGAGUCAAGAAGUAAAGCAGGAAAUUGCCCUAAAGAUUUGUUAGUAGCAUUUAAGAAAUACUUGAAGAUGUACCAUCUUGAGAAGAACAUCAGGGUUCCGAUGCACGAGUUAAACGAUCCCCUCGCUCUAACGCGGGCACACUUACAACAGUUCAAGUGGAAGUGGAGAUCAAAUUUUCAACGAGCGGUAAAAAAUCUUCAUGUAGACUUUACUAGCGGCGAGGCUCAGGAAGUGCAGACAAUACUCACAGAGGAAAUAAAGAAAAUUCUUAGUGAUCAAGCAAGAAUAAACCCUCUCUGGGAAGGUGAUCUUCAGGUUUUAGGAAGCAGCGCAGACAACCUUCGAUUAUAUGCACCAGAUGAAUUUGACUGUAAUGUGGUUCUCAAGAAAAUUAGCGGCUUUCCGGGUGGAGGCCUAAAAGUUAAGCACACGCCAUUUCCACGAGAGGUGGCAGAAAUGAAAGGUUAUUCAACCUGCGUCUGUGUUACAGCAGUCAAUGAGUCUCUCAAAUCUUAUAUUGAUGGUCCAAACAUCGUGAGGUUAUUUUCUAAUGAUUUUCUAAAGUGCUUGGAAAAUUUUAAAUUUUCAGACAAUCGUCUGAGCUUUGUGCCUCCGGGGACAAGGAAGACUCAAGUAGGAAUCAGUGUUUCCUUUGCAUGGGAAGGUAGUGAGUUUCCUUUAUUGCUGAUCGAAGUGGACAUUGUUCCUAUACUGAAGAUCCCAUGGCCUGGCAGCCAACAGAGGCCCCCCAUGACACCUCCUGAUGUGGACACGCUGUAUAUCAGUAACACUGGUGAUGGUGAGUGGCGCUACUCAUUUGCUGCCAUAGAAAGCAGAAUCUUUCGAGCUUUACCUGGGAAUCGGCGAUUGGUGUUCUUGGCCUGUAAACUGCUGAUAGUAACUCUGAAGGUGGUGAGCUGGGCACCACGAGACGUGAAAGAACUUUUUACAUACUGGAAUGGCCGAAGAUUCAAAAUUCCUGCUCCAGCUGGCUUCAUCCUUAAGAAUACCUUCCUUCAAGAGAUGGAGGAUGUCAAGGACAAUGCUGAGUGGGACACUCAGAAACUUUACGAGAGGAUGUGCUCUGUUUUCAGCAGAAUGUGUAUACGAGACUAUGAUGUCACUUCGGGAACGACUCGGUAUUUCCAUGGUAAGGUUCAUGCUUACUUUGGAGGAAACACAGAGAAGCCGUCCAUCGGCCUCGCUGCUCCAGAAAUUCUUGCGUUUUUGGAAUCUCUGAAAGCCUCAUGAUUAAAUUUUUUUCUAGAAGGUUACCAAGAAACUGGAGCUACCUUUCCAUUCAUCAGUUUAAAACUGAUUACCUCCCGGUACCCAGGAACUGCAUGACCUUGUUGAAUUAACAUUUCCCUAUGAUUAUAAAAUUACGAUCUGAAUAAAGUGUUCUUAAUAAUAUUGUGUUCAUUUAGAGUUUGUGUUAGUACAAUUAUUAAAUAAAAGAGUAAUUUUA